CCGGUAAUUACAGUGUCUCACAGAGGUGUAAAGGAGUGCUGCCAAGACAGGACAUAUAUUUCCUUAAAAAUCAGAAAAGGAGAGGGAAAACGAUAAAUAUGGCGAAUAAGGCACCAAAGGGGCUUCAUCUGCACCAGGCGGAACUCACUGCAACACAAUUUCUCGACAUCUGGAAUAAAUUCGACACUGACGGGAAUGGCUGCAUUGAAGGGAAAGAACUAGAACGUUUCAUUCUGGAGCUUGAGGUAGUGCGGAAAGGCACAGGCGCGGAUACUUCAAAGGCUUCGUUCAGAGACCGAAUGAAAGAGUUUAUGCUGAAAUUCGAUGAGAAUGGUGAUGGGAAGAUCGAGAUGUCAGAGCUGGCUCAGAUCCUUCCAACAGAGGAGAAUUUCCUCUUAUGCUUCAGACAGUUUGUUGGGUCCAGUGCAGAGUUUAUGGCAGCAUGGAGAAAGUAUGACACGGACCGCAGUGGAUACAUUGAAUCUAAUGAACUAAAGGGCUUCCUCUCAGAUCUCCUGAAGAAAGCAAACAGACAUUAUGAUGACAAGAAGCUGAGCGAGUACACACAGACCAUACUCAAAAUGUUUGACCUGAAUGGUGACGGGAAGCUGGGAUUGUCUGAGAUGGCGAGACUUCUUCCUGUGCAGGAAAAUUUUCUCCUCAAGUUUCAGAACAUCAAACUGUCAGCUGUUGAAUUUGAAAGCAUCUUCACCUACUAUGACAAGGACGGUAAUGGUUACAUAGAUGAACACGAGUUGGAUGCACUCCUAAGAGACCUCUACCAAAAACAUAAAAUGGUCAUUGACACUCAAAGUCUGGCCAGCUCGAAGAAGAGCAUCAUGGCGUUGUCUGAUGGAGGGAAGCUGUUUCGGACAGAAUUAGAAAUUGUGUUAUGCAAAGACCCAUCAUUCUGAGCUCUUUCACUUCCUCUACUGUACCGUCACCCACCCCAAACUAGUCGAGGUGCAUGUGGUGGCUCUGAACCACUUUUUAUCCUGUCAAAGUAAAACAGCAUCCAAGACGUACCCCUCUCUCUGUGGCAUGCCCUUCCCAGAGAUAUGGCUUCUCGAUCAUGUGUUCAUCUCUUGCUCGUCUUUUUAAUGUCAUGUAAUUCUUACACUGUGCUAGAAUGGAUAUAUGGUCCUUAUUAUUAUCCUGCUUGUACUAAGGCUUCACUUAAUUUAAAGCUAUUUUAUGCAGUCUGCUCUCUCUCUCUUUUACCAGGACUCUCUUUUUUCUCUCUCUCUUUCUGUCUCUCCCUCUCUCUCUCUCUCUCUCUCUCUCUUUGUUGUCUAGCAAGACUGCAAACUAAAUUGCCAACAC